AUGUCAGGAGCGAGCGACACUUUCAAACCCGUUUCUCAUGUUAUUUUCGACAUGGACGGACUUUUGCUGGACACAGAGAGAGUCUACACAGACUCGUUCCAGCAGGUGUGUUCUCGGUUCGGUCGUUCAUACACGUGGGACCUGAAGUCUAAAGUAAUGGGGAAGAAGGCUCUGGACGCAGCAGAAGUCAUCAGGGACGAGCUGGAGCUGCCCAUGUCUGCUGAGGAACUGCUGAAUGAGACCAGAGAGAUCCAGGAGAGACUGUUCCCCCUGGCCCAGCUGAUGCCAGGAGCAGAGCGUCUGGUCCUGCACCUCCAUCAGUGCUCUGUCCCCAUCGCUGUAGCCACCUCCUCCUCUUCCUCCUCCUUCUCCCUGAAGACCAGCAGACACCAGUCCUUCUUCUCCCUGUUCCACCACCUGGUCCUGGGGGACGACCAGGAGGUGACCAGAGCCAAACCCCAUCCCGACCCCUUCCUGGUGUGUGCGUCCAGAUUCAGCCCAGCUCCCAUACCCCAGAACUGCCUGGUGUUCGAGGACGCUCCCCUGGGAGUCUCAGCUGCCCUGGCUGCUCACAUGCAGGUGGUCAUGGUCCCGGACCCAAAUUUGGACCGGACCCAGACCCGGGACGCCACCCUGACUCUGAGCAGCCUGGAGGAUUUCAGACCAGAGCUGUUUGGACUGCCGCCUUACCAGAAAAACCAGUGA